GAUAAUUACUUUUCCAUCAAUGGUCCAUUUUUAGAGUCUAUAUAUAUCGAAUUGUGGCAAGAGCGUCUCACAUUCUCACAUUAUGGAAGGAACUUCUCGAGCUCUUUCUAAUACCAUAAGAUUCGUUGCUCUACUUGGUAGUCAUGCUCUUGGUGGCAAUCCAAGGUUCAUGGCUACAGCGGUUGAUCUAGGACGAGAAUUGGUAAGGCGAAAAAUCAGGCUUACCUACGGAGGAGGCAACGUUGGCCUUCAAGGAGCUGUAGCUUCUACAGUCUAUAAUAAUGGUGGUAGAUUCAGAGGUUUCAUACCAGGGUAUAUAGCAACACGACAAGUUUACGGACCUACGUACGGUGUAGAGUACACCGUCUCCAGCAAUUACUAUAAGUAUUUCGAGAUGAAUCAUAUUGUGGAAGCCUUCAUUGUACUUCCUGGAGGAAUUGACACUAUGGAAGGUUUAUUCACUUUGAUCUCAUGGGCAUCCGAAGGGUUACACAGUAAACCCAUUGGUCUUUUGAACAUUGACGGUUAUUUCAAUAGCCUAAUCAAGUUUCUAGAUGAUGCGGUGAGGCAGAACUUCAUGGCUUUGAAUCAGAGGAAACUGUUCAUUUCUUCUUUCUUUGUUGAUGAGCUUUUGGACAAGCUAGAGUUUGCUAAUGCUUUCCCGGGUCCUGGUGCCAGUUAUGAAGAGUUUGCAAAUCCUGGAAGAUUAGACUUAGAGUUGCAUCUAGAUGUCGUGGAGGAUGUCGAUGCAGGACUUUGAAAAUAUUGACUCAAUGAUCCAAAAAUCGUUUUGCUCUGAUACCAAAAUGUAACACCCCAAUCCGUAUAACCCGGAAUUACACGAAUUACGGUGAAACGAGAGUUAAAUAAAAAUUUCUCUUGACAUUUGAAAAUGACAAUUACUUAUAAAUGUUAAAUUUACAGACUCUGGAUCGCGACCCAUUUAAAAAUAUUUUCAGAGUAAUGCGGAAGUACAAUAAUAAUCAAAUCAUGACACAUUUAAAAUCUUGAUGAUCAAACAUUUGCCUGCCAUCCUUGCAUCUCCUUUGACUCAAUGCCCUUCGGGAGUGGUUCCGUC